AUGUCUGCUGAUCGGAGGAGUGAGUUUGUGCCUUCUGUAGCCCCUUCAUCGUCCUCGCUAAAGAGUAAGAUUAAUCUCAUACACAGUAAGAUGUCUAAUAAGGGCAAAAUACAAUCUUCGCUAGAAGACUAUGGAAGCGUUUGUGAAAACUGCAGGUGUUGCCCUCCAUCCAAGGUCAGACUCAGUCGCACAGUUAGAAGGAUACUGGCUGCCUGCUUAGUUUCGUUAGUCACUCUUCUGGGGUCAGUCUCCAUUGACUUAAGUGACUGUGUGAAAGAUUGGAAAAACACAGAGAAAGUUCUUCAUGGAUUUUCUUCUUGCACCAAUCUUUUGGCAAUGAGAUUCAUUGGAUUCCUUCAACACCAAAGGACGUUUUACCGCUGGGAAGCAACAAACUCUACUGACAGUAGAGCCUUACUGAUUGACAACGUGCUAUCAUUCUGCAAGGAGUCUCAGGAAUUGCAGUACCACAACAGCAAAUGUGAAAAUGUGGCUGACAUUAAUCACACGUGCAUUUUAUAUACCCAGAAAUUAAUUAAUAAAUUAGAUAAUCUCUCAGCAACAGUUGCAUUUGGUGACUUAUUUUCAUGGACGAUAAACGAGAUAUUAGAUGAGUUGAGUCAGCCAGAAGACGAUAUCAAGACUGCUAUGAAAAACUCUGAUUGGAUGGAUGUGUCAUCAUUGCGUCUAUUGCUCAGAGCGUCUGAAAUCAUCAGCAAGGUGGUACAUUCUUCACCGAUGACUUCUGACGAAGCUCAUAAUGUAUCUUAUCAGGUACUUACUAUGCUAAACUAUGCAAUCUAUACAUCGGACACUAUGUAUAGGUGUUGGGUAGAAAAUAUGCAUUAUAAUGCAGAGUGGAUAUACCUAUCGCAAUACCAAAGCAUGCCACUCUUUGCCCCAUUUGGUGGUCCUGUCUCGAUGUUUUGGAACCAAACUGUGGCCGGUCACUUGGAUUCUGUUCGAGAUUGCUUACAUCACAAGGGUUUUGAAAAGAUCAACAAUAAAGCAAAAGAAAUUUUGUCUAUCGUCAGCCUCAAGGUUACCCUUGUAGCUGUGACUUGUCUGCUCUACCCGAUCGUCCUUGUGUCAUUUAAACAGAUGACCGAGUGGAUACAAAACUACGCCACUAGCCUUAGGGAGAGGACAGAGGAUCUAAAGAAAGAGAGGCGUCUUGCUGAGGAUCUGCUGCACCAGAUGUUACCCAAAACUGUGGCCAAACAGCUGAGAAAACACAAGAAGGUUGAGGCCGAGAGCUAUGACCAAGUGACAAUAUUUUUCUCGGAUAUUGUAGGAUUUACCGCCAUUUCUGCUUCCUGUACUCCUCUUCAAGUGGUGGAAAUGUUGAACAGUCUGUAUUUCUGUUUCGAUAGCAGAAUAGAGUCGUACAGCGUCUACAAGGUGGAAACUAUUGGAGAUGCCUAUAUGGUGGUCAGCGGUCUCCCAGAGAGGAACAAUGACCGUCACGCUGAUGAAAUUGCAAAAAUGUCUCUCGAUUUAGUGGCUGGAGUCCGUCAAGUCAUUGUGCCGCACAUGCCCAAUGAGCGACUGCAGCUUAGAGCUGGCAUACACACCGGACCCUGCGUCGCUGGUGUGGUUGGGUACAAGAUGCCUCGAUACUGUCUGUUUGGAGACACAGUGAACACAGCCUCUCGAAUGGAAUCUACAAGCUUACCCCAGAAGAUCCACAUCAGCUCCGCCACCUACCAGGUUCUGCUCGUAGACGAUGCUUAUGAAAUCGAACCUCGGGGAGAGAUCGAUGUUAAGGGUAAAGGCAAAAUGAAAACGUACUGGCUGAUAGGAAACAAAAACUACAGCGUUCAGAACGACAGCCUGGUCUGUCACUGGAAUCCCGAAAUAUCUCGAAAAAAGAAACUGGAGCUCAGCCUGGGAUCCGUUCAACAGUCUAAUUCCAGCAAUCUGCUAUCGGAGACCAGUCGAGUAAACACCCCACGAAUCAUUGAAGAGUUAAGUACGGAGGACGCCAUUAUGGGGUGCCAGGGCCUGAAAGGAUUGCGUGCCGCGUCUGACACAGCACCAUCACUGAAAAGCAUACCCGUGGUACCCAAACCACAACAAACCACAGAGGAACUCCCAUCCAAACACCUGGACGUAUACACAGGAGCAGAACGGGAGGGAUCACUCGACAAAAAUGCCAUCCUUCCCGGGUACGUGGAGGAAUCAUGACUUGUUCCCAUUCCCACCCAAAAUUAACCUUAUUGAGCAAAAACAGAGAAAGGAGGGGACUGGUCGCCCUAAUUAGAAUAUGUGGCAGUUGUGCAGGACAAAAUAACGCCCAAUGGAAACUUAGAGGGACAGCUCUAAUACUAUCCGUCUGUAUAUCCCGCACUCCCAAUAUCCCAUGUCCAACGCUGAUGGUGGUGGUGCCGAGUUGUCCCUCCCCAGCAUGCACUGGGCUCUUGUCCUGACAGAUUAUAUAUAGAAUGUAAGCUCCUUGGCAAGAUCUCAAAACUGACGGUAUCAGUCUUUUUCAGUUCACUUACUCUUUACUUAAUAAAAAUGGUGCAACAAAA